CGAUUGACCCCAGGGCAGUGUAUCUUCACUCGGAUCUUCCCCCAGAAAGCGUGCAGAUUUCCGUUUUGCAGCCAGCAGACCAGAUUCCCGCGCACCUAUCCAAAACAAGCUGGCUAUCCCGCACUCUCUCUGCUGCCUUCCCCCACACUAAAACGCAAACCCCACGGGGAAGCUUGACGGGGUCUUGCAGUCUCUGUUGCUCUGGACAAUGGGAAAACCAAGGCCUAUAUAAAGAAUCAAUUCCCCUUUCCUCGGGCUCCAGAACCCCCCUUGGAAAGGAAGCGGCGGGAAAGGCCAAUCGCUGAGUUGCAUAUCAAUUCAUCCCCUGGAACGGUUUCCACGGGCACUUAACACAUACUGCACACAAUCCCUGUCGCAAUCUUUCUUGACCCCAUUAUCCUUGUUAACUCUGACACGUCUGACCAACGACCUCACCCUUGGUUCACAUUUUCCUGAUACCAGAUACUCUAGAUAUCGAUAAGCUCUUUUGCUCCGGACGCAGUCGUCCAGUACCGACCAUGGCGCCCACCGUCGCCCAAGUGGCAUCAAACGGACAUAGCGCGGGAAAUGACGGGGGUUCUGGCUCGAAGUGUCUCUACUCCGCGCAGACCAACUUGCUCGCUGCGCAAAAAAAAGCUUCACAUGAUUUCCGCUCGGAUGUCGUCACGACACCGACGGAGAAUAUGAUGCAGGCCAUCAUCGAUGCAACGUUCGCAGACGAUGUGUUCGACGAAGGCGGUGAUCCCUCCGUCACGGCCCUUGAGCAGAAGCUCGUGGAGCUCACGGGCAAAGAAGCCGCCCUCUGGGUGCUCUCUGGGACCAUGGGCAAUCAGAUCUGUCUACGUACACACCUGACACAACCUCCACAUUCGGUUCUGCUGGACCAUCGAGCACACAUUUAUACGUGGGAAAGCGGCGCGCUGCCGGUGAUGUCACAGGCGAGCGUGACUCCAGUUCACCCGGCAAACGGAAUCCAUUUGACGUUGGAGGAUGUGAAGAAGAAUAUGAUUCCCGAGGAGAACUUCCAUUUCCCACCCACCCGGGUCGUGGCUUUAGAGAACACCCUCAAUGGAACCGUGUUGCCUCUGAAACAUGCAAAGGAAAUCUCCGACUACGUCCGCAGCUAUCCUGUCCCUCCGGGCCAGAAGCCCGUCGCCAUGCAUCUCGAUGGAGCACGGGUUUUCGACGCUGCGGCCGGAGAAGGAAUCGAUAUAAAAGAUUACUGCGCCUGCUUUGACAGCAUUAGCGUAUGUCUUGCAAAGGGUGUUGGUGCGCCAAUCGGUAGUGUAAUCCUUGGCUCCAAACCAUUUAUUGCGCGAGCAAAAUGGUUCAAAAAGAUGUUUGGUGGUGGAACAAGACAGCCUGGAAUGAUGGCCGCGGCUGCUCACGCGGCCCUGACAAAUUCCAUUCCUCAACUGCCCCGCGUCCACUCACUCACCAAAUCCACCGCCGCCCGCCUCUCCGCGCUGGGCUACACAUUCUCGUCCCCGGUGCAAACAAACAUGAUCCUUCUUGACCUUGAAGCCGCGGGAAUCCCCGUCGCGGCGUUCGUGGACUACUUGACCGAGGCUGGUGUGCAGGUGUUCCCCACACCAAGAUUGGUGUUUCACUAUCAGACAGCCCAAGAAGCGGCGGACAAACUUGUCGAUGGGCUGGGGCUGUUGAUACAGGAUAAGAAAGCUGGGAAGGACCUGGUUGCGAGGAAGAUGACGGGUGGCUAUGCCAAGGGUGGUUCAGAGUAG